AUUGUGUGAAAAUGUCUCAUUAUACAUUCAAAUGAAAGAGUUGUGUUGCAUGGAUGAAUUGUUCAAUGAUAUGAAAUGAUUUCCAGUGUCUCUCUUAGUAACUGUCUCUGUUUGUUCUGCAGGUGUGUUUGGUGUUGAGACAGAUGUUUCAGUGAUGGAGGGAGAUUCUGUCACUCUAAAGAAUGAUGAUACUCAAAUACUGAGAGAUGAUCUGAUCAUGUGGACGUUUGGAGAAAUCCUCAUUGCUGAAAUCAACAGAGAUGACAGUAAGAUCAAGUUAUUUGAGAAUGUUUCUGAUGGGAGAUUCAGAGGCAGAAUUCAGCUGGAUCAGACUGGAUCUCUCAUCAUCACAAACACCAGAUCUACAGACUCUGGACAAUAUAAAUUAAAAACCGAAAGCAAAGAGACCCGACUGAAAAUAUUCACUCUUACUGUCUAUGCUCAUCUGCCGGUUCCUGUGAUCAUCAGAGACUCUUCUCAAUGUUCUUCAAGCUCUAAAUGUGUGUUGGUGUGUUCAGUGGUGAAUGUGACACAGGUGACUCUCUCCUGGUACAAAGGAAACAGUUUAUUGUCCUCCAUCAGUGUGUCUGAUCUCAACAGAAGUCUCUCUCUGGAGGUGGAAUAUCAGGAGAACAACACCUACAGCUGUGUGAUCAACAAUCCCAUCAGAAACCAGACUAAACAUCUCAACAUUACUGAAGUCUGUCAGCCGUGUUCAGUAGGCUUCGCCUGUGGCUGUGGUUUCACUGAAGCUGUGAUCCGAUUGGUCGUCUCUGGUCUGGUGGGCGUGGCUGCUGUUGCUGUGCUGGUUUAUGAGGUGCCCAAACGAGUAGGGGAACAGUGUGGGUCCUCUCAGGAAUAUCAUAGUAAAGUAAAGGCCAAUCUGUCCUUCAAGAACAAAAAUCUGCCAUAA